AUGUAUAAAUUGAACAAAACAUUGCAGACCAUUAACGACGUUCUUUUCGGGGUGGUUUCAUCUGGCCUUUCAAAAUAUCUGGAUCUACGAACCCCAAAAGCUCUGCGAGAGGGGCUUCAAAUGACAGGACUUGCCAUGGUCAAUCUAAGGCCACAAUCAGGAUUGCAGGAUCUUUCGAAGUUGAUGAGAAGCAAUUCAGAGACACGGUGGGGCAACAAAUUUGGUAUGCUUCUGUUACCUAUUUAUUACCAUAGAAGUUGCACUGAUCCUCUACAGUUUCUAACGAGAGCAAAGGCGAUGAUUGACCGGAAGAAACUGUCAUUAGAGGCUUUCUUCUCUUACAAAAUCGGGUACUUAGUUAUGUCCUGCCUUGGACCAAAGUUUGCGUGCAUGCUCAACUACAGAAUACUUUGUAACACGACAUUUACUAUCUCAAACGUGCUUGGCCCUCGAGAGGAAAUUACGAUUGCUGCCAAUCCAAUAACGUAUAUUCGGGCAAAUACAUCAAGCCUACCUCAUGCAAUUACAAUGCACAUGUUGAGCUAUGCAGGAAGAGCUGAUAUGCAAAUCCUGGUGGCCAAAGAGAUUAUCCCUGACCCUGAAGUUCUAGCUAGCUGUUUUGAAGAAGCCUUGCUUGAAUUGAAGAAAGCUGCAGAGACUGCCACCAAAACCUGAGGAAAUAAGUGUCCAUUAAGCAUGCAGAUUGCAGAGAACAGAGUUCUUGGACUUCGGGUCGGAUCCAAAUGGGAUAUACAUGGGUUUGCUUGACCCAGUUUGUCAAGAGGUGUUCGUAUUAGAUUGAACUACCUUGACUUGGUCAAUGUCUUGCAUGUGUGGAACCUCUUGUUUGUUCAAAUAUUCAUAGUAAUUCACCAUUGUAAAACACUUCAGAAAUAAUUAUUCAA